UAUAACUGAAAUAUCUUAACCUAAAGACUAAUAUGUUAAUAUAAAGUUUACUAUUUAUCAAAUUAAUAUUAAUUUGUAUUGUAAUUGGUAUAAAUUUGGUUGGGUUAUUUUUUUAUUAUUUAAGUUAUUUUUAUGUACUGUUACACAAAAUCAUAUGUGCAUGAAAUGAACCCAAUUUAUUAAUGAGGACUUAUAUAAAACUAAUAUUAAUUAUAAUAAUUAUUUCUAUUAUUGUUGUGACAUAUUUCAACUCGGAAAUAUCUUUUAACCAACAUUCAAAGUCAAAUUUUAUUAAUCAAGUUAAUAAUAAAUCACAAACUAAACUUAGCAUAUGGAUAUCAGUGACAAAAGUUUUUCAAGGGUAUUUAUUAGUUAAAUUCCAGAAGUUUUUCAAAUCUUUACUCAGUCAGCGUGGAACAUGUUCCAGAGUAUUAGAAUUAAAUAUCAUUACUGACAAUACUAGCCGAUCAAUUAUAGAUAAUGUGAUUUUAGAAUAUAUUCAUCAAUAUCAUGAAACCAAGAUUAUGAUCAACUACCAUGAUUUUCAAGAUGUCUUAAGAAUCGUGCAAAAUAAGAUAGAACCAUUGAAAAGAUUUUUUCAGUCCUCUAAAGGUUCUUAUUACAGUGAUGAUGUAUUUUAUCUUUCACCUGCUCUACAUUUAGUUGCUUCUAAAUCAGUGGACAAAGCUAUUGUUUUAGAUAUUGAUAUAGAGUUUAGAACUAGUAUUUGUGAUUUGUAUGAUAUUUUCAAUAACUUUACUGACUCGGAAAUUUUUGGUUUGGGUCCCGAGUUAUCUCCUGUUUAUCAUCAUAUUCUAUGGAAAUGGCAAUAUUUCAAAAGUCAAAAACACAAGUUAAAAAAUAAAGUUAACAUACAAGGUUUGAACAGUGGAGUCAUAUUAUUGUUUUUGGAACGUAUGCGUAACAACAGUAGUAUUAUUUAUAAUAGACUGAUAAGUCCAGAAUGGAUCUCUCAUGCUGUUCAAAAAUAUUUUUUCAAAGGUCAUUUGGGUGAUCAAGAUUGGUAUUCACUAGUUAGCUUUGAAUAUCCAAAAUUGAUACAUCGACUAUCAUGUGGCUGGAAUCGUCAAUUAUGUACUUGGUGGAAACACCAUGGAUAUGCUGAAACAUUUAACUCAUUUGCAAAUUGCAAUGAAAAAAUUCAUUUAUAUCAUGGAAACUGUGAUACUCCUAUUCCAUCUAAUCAUUUAAAUUAAAUGAAAUCUUCAACAAAAUAUUCAUUUAAGUUAUUUUGUGACACAUUUUGUAGCUAUUAAUUUUUUUAUUUAAGGUUUUGGCUUAUAAGAAAAUUAUUUAAAAAUAUGAAUUUUUAUAAAAUUAAUACUUUAUUUUUUUUUUAAAAAAUUAUGUAUUAUGCAAUAUUUUGUUUACAAAUUGCUUUAUUGUAAAUUAUCUGUUAUUGUUUUUUAAUUAAAAUACCAAUUCUAAACUAAAAUAAAAUUAAGGUCUGUGUUACUUGUAACAUAAUGACUAAUUAAUUUUUUACAAAUAUAGGAAAUUUGUAUUGAAAUAUUA